UUAUUUCUAGUGCCAGCGUCUUAUUCCUGCACAGCAAUUAACCGCCAUAUGGAACUGAAUUCUGAAUCCGGAACCUUGGCCAGCUAUAACUACCCUCUGCCAUACGACGACUAUGGCAGUUGCUCUUGGAUCAUUCGCGUGAGUGGGAAUAAGCAGAUUGAACUGUCAUUUGAUGCCUUCAAUCUAUCAGAAGCAAGCCCAGACUGUCUGGAUUUCCUGCAGAUAUCAAAUGACCCUGAUGAAGUUGAUCUUUCGCCAAAACUUUGCGGGUCGAAGAUUCCCUCGUCUUUCACUUCAAAAGGCUCAACUCUGUCAGUAUGGUUCACUUCUAGUGGCCAGACGAAAUAUCCCGGAUUUAAAGCGAGCUAUAAAACU